AACAACCUGAAACACCGUGUCGAUUUCCAUUCAAGAGCACAUAUGCACGACAUCUGCACAUCUAGCAUUCUUCCGUUAUCCAAAAGUAGUUACUCUGUUAUAAAACAUGUUCUCCAAAUCCAAGAGAUUUCAAGAGCCUGUUUCUCAGGCACCUCCUGUGGGAUUAUAUGAUGUAAAGGGUCAAACACAAGUAUCUGCAGCAGCUGGAUUUGGCAAAGGAAAGAGAUUUACUGAACUGAAAGAUUCAGGUUUGUCUACUGCAACCUGUGGGAAAAGUUUUCUUGAUAUAAGUUCUUGUAGCACAUCAAGUCGGAAUGACAGUAAAUGCAGUCAAUUUGCCACACCUCUUCCCUUUAAAAAGAAGAGAAACAUAUCAACUUCUACACCAGACACCAGAGGAAAAGAUCAUUUUAAGAAUAAUGCAGCAGUGGAAACUGAGGUGUCAGAACUUUUGUCAGAGAAGAUAGAACUUGAGGACAAACUAUGUCAGGCUCAGCAGGAUCUUCAGCACUUGGAAAACAAGCUUCAGUCUACCUUGCAAGAAAAAGGUAGCCAUGAAUCUUCCAUUGCUGACCUUCAUAGACAACUCAAAGAAUUAAGGCAAGAAAAUGAUAUGCUGCUUGAGAAAUUACAAGUCAUCACAACAACCAACAAUAGUAUAGAAUCAUUAAAGGAGGAACUAACUGCAGUCAAGCAGCAACUACGAGAUAAGGAUGGGGUUAUAUCCAGUCUUAAAUUUGAACUGAGCUGUGCAGCUCAGAGCUCAAGAGCUGACUUGGAUUUGGAACAGGACAGAAACAGAGUUCUCAAUGAGAGAAUUUCACACUUAGAGAAGACAGUUUCCGAGGUAACGCAGGACAGAGAUGAAGUAGAAAAAGCAAAUCAACAACUCCAUGAACUGGUUGCAAGUCUUAGAAGAGAUAACAUGGAUUUCAGAACAAAACUUGAUGAAGCUGAAGAAAAACUAGAGGGUGUCUGUCAGAAAUUGAAGACUGCCAUAAAAGAAAAUGAGGACAAAGUUCUUCCUCUUGAAGAAAUGUUGAGCAAAGAGAUGCAGAAAAGUCAAGAACUUGGUGAAAAGUUGGAGUAUUCCUUAAGGCAGAGUGAGGAGAAUUUUACCAAAGCACAGUCUACAAUUGUCCAACUACAAGAAUCAAAAGAAAAUUUGGAAAACAAAAAUCGUGAUUUGGAGGCUAAACUGUUUGAGUUAAUUGAGAAAGAACAGUCUGCAGAAGAAAGGGCAAGGCAUUUGUCUGUGGAGAACAUUUCAAUUGAAAGUAGGCUUCAGAAGUGUGAAAGUGAUUAUGAGCAGAGACUGUCCAUUGCCAAUGAUCAAGUGGAAUCAUUGCAAAAAGAACUUCACAGGUAUGAGGAAAUGAUGACAGAGAAUGUAAGAUCACUGACUGACAAAUAUCAAGAUCUAGAGGAUUCUUACACUUGCUUUCAAUCUGAGGCUGAGAAAGAGAAGAACUUGAUUUUAGCUGAGUUAGAAGUAACAAGACAGUCUUUUCAGAAAAGUCGGCAGGAAAGUGAUCAGCAACUGAAGACUUGUGUCUACCUCACUCAAAAGAAUGAACAGCUCCAAGAGGAAUGUGAUGGACUUAGUCAACAAGUGAAUUGUUGGAAGGCUGAGUUGGAAGUGGCCAAAGAAGAACUGACAAAAAAUAUGGAAGAAACAGGACUAGCCAAGGCUUGUCUGAGAAAAGCACUAGACGAGGCUAACAACACCAUCGAUAACCUCAUCAAGAGAGAGGAGGCCUUAUCUCAGAAAUUACAACUCAUGGAAAGCAAUCAGAAGAAACAAGAGGAUGAAAUAAAAGCAUUCAAAGCUCAGUUAAACAGUGAAAUAUGUGAAAAGCAGGAAGUAGAGAGGAAAAUGAAGGAUGAACUCGAAAGGUACCAGUCAAUAAACAAGGAAUUAGAAGAAAAAUUGAGGGAAUCCGAAGAGAACUUUACACGGCAAAUAAAAUCAUUUGAAGAGAAAGCGGCUAAAUCAAAAGAAGAAUUCGGAAGGCGACUCGUGGAGACCCAAAAGAAGUUAUCACAAGCGGAGAUAAAUUUUGAGAAUUUCAGAAGCGAACAGGAGACGAAGUCAAAGGAAAAGGAUAUGGAAAUGGAAAGGAAACUCUUUUCAGCAGAAGAAGAAGUAAACAGAUUGAAAUCGGAACUAAGCAGUAGAACAAGCAACGAUGAUCAGUUGAAUGAGUUAAAAGCCCAAAUUGAAGUAUGGCGAACUAAAUACGAAGAUCUGGUCCAAAAGAUUGAGCCCUUCAAGGAUCAACUGGAUGAAUACGAAGCUGAAAGAAACGCUCUCCUCUGUCAGAAUAACCAAGCAAAGGACGAGGUUGCCAAGCUAGGCCAGCAGUAUGCCAAGUUACUCGGUCACCAGAACAAGAAGCAAAAGAUACAUCAUGUUGUAAAGCUUAAGGAGGAGAAUAACAGUCUCAAAGCUGUGAGUACUCUCAAGCAACAUAAGAUACAGUCUAUGGCUGCACGUUCCUACUUUUGUAUAGCUGUUGAGUAUUGCAGUAAAAAAGCAAUGUGGUGUAAAAUGCAGAGGGGUUAGUGAACAACUCUUGUCGAUGCCAGAAUUGUGGCAAAAGGAGAACUUGGUUAGAACAGAGUUUGUACACCGGUCAAUUGACAGGCUGGGGACUGGGCGAGAAAUUAAUAGAAGAGGUACACCAUCAA